AUGCUUCCGCGCUUGAAAGUUCAGACACCAGUCAGGAAAGUGGCGGAGGGAGGCGAAGUGGAAGAGGAAGGGGGUCAAGGGGAUGAGGGGUUGGAGGAGGAGGAGCAGCCGUCAGUCCGGGGGAGAGCAGAGACGAGGCAAGAGUUUGUGGAUGGGGGGGAGAAGGAAGUGGGAGGCAAGCAGGGGGAAGAAAAUGAAGAGGAGGGUGAGGAAGCGGACGAGAAGGUGCAGGAGGGCGGCAGCAGCGGCGCAGCGGGCGGCACAGCGGGCAAGAAGAGUUUCCGGUACAGCAUCAUCAUCCCGUCCAAACUCUCCAAGAGCGCUGACCUGGCGCUUGCCAGCUGUCGUGAGGCUCCCAAGAGUAGCUGGCCUGCCACUCCCCAGACCUCCCGUGAGGCCCCCAAGGCUCUCUGGCCUCCCACUCCCCAAACAGCCCGCCAUGCUCCGAACGCUUCUAAGCGCGCACUGCCGCGCCCUCACACCUUCCAGCCAGAACGGCCCCGGACGGCAGAAGCAGAGAGCACCACUGGAGCACUAUCAGCAGUAGCUGCUGCUGUGUCUGCUGCUACUGCUGCUGCUGGUGCCGCCGCCGCUGCUGCAGCUGCUGCUGUGAGUUACUCACAACCAAGGGAGGCAGCAGCGGCGGCGGCUGCGGCUUCUGCUGCUGCUGCUGCUGCUGCCGAUGCUGCUGCCGCUGCUGCUCUGAUCGCUCCCAGGGAGUCUGUUGCACUUGCCGUUGCUGCUGCUACUGCCGGUUUUUCCGACUCUGGUAACAAUAACAGCCCUUCUUGUGACCAGUGUUCUGGUGGUAACUUUUCAGGAGAUAAUUCUGGUGGUGGUGGGAACUGCUCGUGUCAGGGAGCUAAGGAGAGCAGUCCUGGUGCCGGCAAAUCAGCUGUAGCCGCCGUAGCAGCCCAAGCAGUGGCAGCGGUCACAGGAGGCGAGAGCGCAGUGGGUGCACUCCCAGAGGAGCACAGAGGUGCACUUCCUGUGCUUCCACCAGAGGCGAGGGCUGAGCACGUGAUUAAACGACCAAGCAGUGCAACCACAACCACUGCCACUAGCAGAGCUGUCUCCUCUCUUCCUUCUCCUUCCAGCCGCUCCUCUCUCCCUUCUCCCACUGCUCGUCAUCGCACCGUGCCCCCCCGUUCACCCCUCUCACCGCUCUCGCCCCCCUCGCCCCUCUCGUCUACCUCCUCCGCCUCCGCUCUCUCAGGUUUCAAGCCUUACUUCGGUGGCCCCGUUGCAAACCCCCCCUCGGGUCGCUCAGUGCCGAGGUCAUUCUCGAAUGACAACCUUGCACCGCUCUCCACUGUUCCAAACCGCUCCACUGGCAGCUCUGCACCGCUCUCCACCGCUCAAAACCAUAACCGGGCGCUGAGUCAGGCCCGAUUCAAUUUCCCGUCGCCUGGUCCCCCUUCCCGCCGCCCGGUUUCCCCCUCCCGCCGCCACGAAACCCCAGUCACGCUGCCCGAUUCGGAAUGCGGAACCACUCGACUCCCUGUUCUCCCCGCCCGAUUCCCCUUCAUGCCUCCCGAUUCGGCAUUCCCGCCGGCCGGUUCCCUUUCCCGUCGCCCUACUCCCCUUUCCGUCGCCCGAUUCACGUUCCCGCCGCCCUGUUCCCCUUUCCCGCCGCCCGAAUCCCCUUCCGCGCCGCCUGAAUCCCCUUUCCCGCCCAUUGAUUCCGGGCGGCGCGCCCGUCCGCCCCUUCCCGCCGUCCGAUCCCCUUUCGCGCCGCGCGAUUCCCGUUCCCGCCGCCCGCUUCCCCUUUCGCGCCGCCCGAUGCGCCUUUCCGCCUUUCGUUGCCUCCCCCCUCUCCCUUCCCUCCCUUCCCUCCCACCUCUCCCUGCCUUCCCAUCUCCCCUUCAUGCCUCAUCACCUCUCCCUGCCUUUCAGUCUCCCCUUCAUGCCUCCCACCACCUCUUCGUCCUGCCUUCCCAUCUCCCCGUCAUGUCUCCCACCACCUUUCCCUUCCUCUUGCGGACCCGCUUUAUGCCUCCCACCGCCUCAACCUGCCUUCCCAUCUCCCCUUCAUGCCUCACACCACCUUUCCCUUCCUUGUCUUCCCGUACCUUCCUGCCUCCCACCACCUUUCCCUGCCUGCCCAUCCCCCUUUCAUGCGUCCCACCUCCUUUCUCUGCCUUCCCAUCACCCCUUCAUGCCUCACACCACCUUUCCCUUCCUUCUCAUCCCCCCUUCAUGCCUCCCACCACCUUUACCUGCCUGCCCAUCCCCCCUUCAUGCCUCAUCACCUCUUUUCUCUGCCUUCCCAUCCCCCCUUCAUGCCUCCCAACACCUCUCCGUGCCUUCGUCCUUUCUUCCCUCUCUUCCCCUCCUUUCUCACUGGGCCACUCUUUGUCCUGCUCGUAG